AUGGGACAUCAGCGGUGCAACAUCUCGCUAGUUGUUGCUAUAUUCAUUUCAGUUUUGCAUUUAUCGCGCGCCCAACCCCAAUUCGAGGGCAAGGGCAACUCCAAAGAAGACUACGUUAACCAACAUAACUGCAUAAGAAGAGUUUUGAACCUGCCUCCUUUGGUAUGGGAUGACAAAGUCGCAGAAAGGGCACAAGCGUGGGCCAACAAAAGAACAGAUUGUGCAAUGAUACACUCGGAAGGGGGUGGUGAGAAUUUGGCAUCCGGACAUGACCUCAGCGGUUUGUGGGCCGUGCAAUUGUGGAUUGAUGAGAGACUCGACUAUGACUACUCGAAAAAUGAGUGCACAGCGAUGUGUGGUCACUAUACGCAAGUCGUUUGGAAAAAUACGACAAAGGUAGGAUGUGGUAAGUCGAGAUGCACCGAUGGUAAGAGUAACAUGAUUGUUUGCAAUUAUGACCCACCUGGAAACUACAUUGGCGAGUAUCCUUACUAGUUGGAUCAUCAAAUUGUCAAUGCCAACGCCAAUG